AUCACUGUUCUCUCUGUCGACCGAACGAAGUGCGUCUAGAAUGUCAAUGUGUGGCUUACACAACUGUGAAUUGACUUGAAUCUUGCCGAGAUUAGAGGUCAUAGUUGUCAGCGAGCACAUUGGAAUUGAAUUCUACAACAAUUCACGUAGUUGUGGUAUCGAGAAUCUUCAUCAAACUUCAACUUACAAAAUUCUCAAUGACUACUGGUGGUUAUCGAAUCUGUGAAAAAGAUCGUCAAAAUAUCCAGAGCAAACAUCUUUGCCCGAUCUGCAGCAACGUCCUAAAGACUACGAUUCAAACAGAAUGUGGACAUCGCUAUUGCCUUGGAUGCUUGGAAGAAGAGUUCAAUAAACAUGAUGACGAAAUAGAAUGUAAAUUCUGCAAAGAAACGUUUAACCGAGGACAGAUAUUCAGAGACGAGUCUGCAGACCAUGAGAUACAAAAUCUCACUUUGUACUGUGUUUACUUUGAUUAUGGAUGUAAAUGGAGAGGAGAAUUGAGACAUCGACAGAAUCAUCAAAAAACAUGCAAGUGCAUUCCUCUGACAUGUGUAAAUAAUGGAUGUUACCAACAGCUUACAAAGGAAACUCUGGCACAGCACCUUGAGAGAGACUGUUUUUAUAGACAAGAGAAGUGUUUGUACUGUGAACAGCUUGUUACAUUCAACAAAAUUCGGGAGCAUGAGAAUGUCUGCCCUUGCUACCUAGUAACAUGCGAACUGUGUGAGAAAGUUUUUCCGCGUGAACAGUUGUCGAAGCACAGCAAUCCCAAUGGCAAAGACAUAAUAUGCGAGAAGCUUCUCGUGUUGUGUCCCUUCACAGCUCUAGGAUGCAGUGAAUCCAAGUUCAACCAUAAAGAAUGUCAGGUGCACCAAAGUGAAAACAUGCAACAACACCUAAAUCUCCUUCUGAACAAGUUUCAAGAUUUCUUACCAUCUAUAGAAGACCUACUAUCUGUAAAUCAAAAUUGUAGGAAGUCAAAAGGGUCACUGGUUUGGCAAUCUAUAUAUGAGCAAACUCUCUCCGAGGUUGGAGCCCUGAUUGAUGAAAAAAUAAGAAGUUACAUGAAGUCAAAAGGGUUGCUGGAUUGGCAAUCUAUAAGUGAGCAAACUCUCUCUGAAGUUAGAGCCCUCAUUGAUGUAAAAAUAAGAAGUUUCGAAAAGAAAAUCACUUAUAUCAUUGGUCGGAUGGAUGAGUUGCAUCAAGCACUUGAAAAGAUAAACAGACAAGUUAAGAUCCUGUGUUCUCAUAGUGAGCCGUAUCUUGCACAUUCCAAGCUACAGGAACAAAAACCACAGCAUAUGUGUGUCCCAGAUGUUCUACCCUUGCAGGAGGAUCAACAAGAAAGGUACAUGAUCAGAGCUCAACAUCAAGGAAACAAUACCGAUCACAAAUUUCUGUUAAACGAAGCACACGCGACGAUUGCAGAACUUCGACAAGAACUCAGAAAGACGAACGUUAAACUGGAAAAAGCAGAAGAAGUGAUAAGAAAAACAAACUUGGCAGUGGCUGAUCUUGAAGAGCAAUUAAACAGUGUUGCUGUUAAUAGUCAUAAUGGUAUAUUAGUGUGGAAGGUCGAUCAGAUGGCUCGACGACAUGCUGAUGCAACAAGUGGACGACAAGUCUCGUUCUACAGCCCGCCAUUCUACACAGACCCUCAUGGAUACAAGAUGUGUGCUCGUAUCUACUUGAAUGGUGAUGGAAUGGGUAAAGGUAACCACAUCAGCUUGUUCUCUGUGAUCAUGCGUGGAGAGUACGACCCUCUGUUAAAAUGGCCGUUUAGACAAAAGGUUACAAUGAUGCUGUUGGAUCAAGACAAUGAAGAACACGUGAUUGAUGCCUUCAGACCAGACCCAAGUAGCAGCUCAUUCCAGAAACCGAGGGGAGCCAUGAACAUUGCAUCGGGCUGCCAGAUGUUUUGUCCACACAGCGAGUUACAAAGGCACGCCUAUAUACGGGAUGACGUCAUGUUUAUUAAGAUCAUUGUGGAUCGUUCUGCAGCCUAUGAUGGCCACUCAAAUGAAGGGUGAAAAUGAUGCUGUUGCAUCAAGAUGAAUACCUUCAGACCAGAUCCAGGUAGCAGCUCAUUCCAGAAACCAAGGAAAAUAAUGAAUAUUGCACUGGACUGUUCCAUGUCCACACAGCGAGCUGCAAGGAAACACCAGUCCUACUACAUAUGAGAGGACAUGAUUUUCAUUAUGUUAAUUGUGGAUUGCUCAGUGGGUGAAGUACUGAAGUGAGAGAGAGUGCAUGCUGUUGUUUUUAGUUAGUUUGUCAUGAGUUCUUCCAUUGACAGAAAAAUAAUUACUUAGACUAGCAGAAACUCAACACUCCUCAUUUUCUGGUUUGUUUGCAUGUUUUUUUAUCAACUAGUGCACACUAACUUAUAUAAUCUCUUCAUGCUCAAUAAAGUGCUGUCUCUUUUCACAAA